CCUCUGAGAGAUGGCAAUGAGCAACGCUACCGUAACAGGACGGUGGAGUCGUAAAAGUGAGCACAAACGGCUCCGUCUGAAGUUAGAAACGACCUGCGUCGUGUGGUUCCGUCCUUGUUUGGUCUUGUUGUAUAAGAAGCAGUCAUCUUAGCCGCGGUGAGCCCUGAAAGCAGCAGCAGUAAAUAGCGCUGUCACAUCGGCUGAAGUGUAGAAUGAAGCCGCGGCGGGAGUGCGCACACCUGUUUGGUUUCGUCCUCAGCGGGUUUUCGACUUGUGAACACAGUGGACUAAAUGUUAUCUGUGGCCUAAACUGAGAAGACGAAAGAGGAAAAGUGGCCGAGGACAGAGGUCGACCUGACACGCCUUUAACAAUCCUUACAACCAAUGCAGGGCUCAUGGUGGAAAUCUGGAGGCUGUAGGAGCAGCAUUUAUGUGAGCAUUUACGUGAGUUAGGUCUCCGGCGACUACCCCAUGACCAGCCCAUUAUGCCGUCGUCAACACGGAAAGGAGUGCCGAAGGACCCCGAGCUUGCCCACCUUUUCUUCAAGGAUGACCCCGAAGACAUCUUCUGCGAUCUGCACGAGAUCGGACAUGGCAGCUUUGGUGCCGUCUACUUUGCACGAAACUCUUUCUCCAACGAGGUGGUGGCCAUCAAAAAGAUGUCCUAUAAUGGCAAGCAGACUACCGAAAAGUGGCAGGACAUCAUCAAGGAGGUCAAGUUUUUGGUACAACUGCGACACCCAAAUACUAUCGAGUACAAAGGCUGCUACCUGAAAGACAACACUGCCUGGCUAGUGAUGGAGUACUGUCUUGGUUCCGCGUCAGAUUUACUAGAGGUUCACAAGAAACCACUCAGAGAAGUUGAAAUUGCUGCCAUUACCCAUGGUGCCUUGCUAGGACUUGCUUACCUGCAUUCCCAAAAUAUGAUUCACAGAGACGUGAAAGCUGGUAACAUCCUGCUGACUGAGCUUGGUCAAGUUAAAUUGGCUGACUUUGGCUCCGCCUCCAUCGCCUCACCUGCCAACUCCUUUGUGGGAACACCUUACUGGAUGGCCCCAGAAGUGAUCCUAGCCAUGGACGAGGGUCAAUACGAGGGAAAGGUGGACAUCUGGUCCCUGGGCAUCACCUGUAUUGAACUUGCGGAGCGUAAACCACCCUUGUUUAACAUGAACGCCAUGAGUGCCUUAUAUCACAUCGCCCAGAACGAUUCUCCCACACUGCAGUCAAAUGAGUGGUCUGACCCCUUCCGGAGCUUUGUCGACUUCUGCCUACAGAAAAUUCCUCAGGAUAGACCCUCGUCAGGGGAGCUGCUAAGACAUGAGUUUGUGCGUCGGGAUCGGUCGCCGCGCAGUCUCAUCGACCUCAUACAGAGGACCAAGGAUGCGGUGCGCGAGCUGGACAAUCUGCAAUACCGCAAGAUGAAGAAGAUCCUCUACCAGGAGAAACACAAUGGCCUGAUGGGAGAGAGCCAGGAGGAAGAGGAGGACAGUGAGGCCGCCAGCUCCAAGAUGAACAGCCUGGGCAGCAACCACUCCAUCCCCAGCACCUCAGUCAGCACAGGCAGCCAGAACAGCAGCGUGAACAGCAUGCAGGAGGUGGACGACAGCUGCUCCGACAUGACCAUGAUGCACCCUCAGGACUAUGGCAGCACUCUGGAGUCCUCCCCACAUACCAAGAAGGACCAUAAGUUCAACUGGGAUGAUGGGACCAAUAGGGAGCACAGACCAGAGCUGAGGCCAUCCUCCUCUGACAGGAGCAGCCCGGCCCAGAACUAUAAGAACCAGGGCCGGUUCGCUACCAUAAAGUCGGCCUCUCUGGUGACCAAGCAGAUCCACGAGCAUGAACAGGAGAGUGAGCUGCGGGAGCAGAUGUCCGGCUACAAACGGAUGCGGCGGCAGCACCAGAAGCAGCUGAUCGCUCUGGAAAACAAGCUGAAAGCCGAGAUGGACGAGCACCGGCUCAAGCUCCAGAAAGAGGUGGAGACGCAGGCCAACAAUGCCUACAUCGAGCUGGAGAAGCUGGCGAAGCGCCAAAUUGUGCAAAGCGAAAAGGAGAUGAAGACGACCCUGGCAGAUGAGAAGAAGUUCCAGCAGCAGAUUGCGACGCAGCAGAAGAAGGAGCUGACCACUUUCCUGGAUGAUCAGAAGAAGCAAUACAAACUCUGCAAGGAGAAAAUAAAGGAGGAAAUGAACGAGGACCACAGCACACCCAAGAAGGAGAAGCAGGAGCUUCUGUCCAAGCACAAGGAGAACAUGCAGCAUUCCCAGGCCGAGGAGGAGGCCCAACUUCUGGCCGAGCAGAGGGUUUUCUAUGACAGGAACUGCCGCGCCUUCAAGCGCAACGUCAUGAUUAGCCGUCACGACUUGGAGCAGGAGCAGAUCCGAGAGGAGCUGAACAAGAAGAAAGCCCAGAAAGAGAUGGAACACUGCAUGCUGAUCCGCCACGACGAGUCCACGCAGGAGCUGGAGCACAGGCAGCUGAAGACCCUGCAGAAGCAGCGCAUGGACCUGAUACGACUGCAGCACCAGACGGAGAUGGAGAACCAGAUCGAGUACAACAAACGACGCGAGCGCGAACUCCACCGCAAACACGUGCUGGAGCUGCGGCAGCAACCGAAGAAUCUCAAAGCUCUAGAGCUGCAGAUCAAGAAGCAGUUCCAGGACACGUGCAAGGUGCAGACCAAGCAGUACAAGGCCCUGCGCCACCACCAGAUGGAAGUGACGCCCAAGGCCGAGCACAAGACGGUGCUCAAGGCCCUGAAGGACGAACAGACACGCAAGCUGGCCAUCCUGGCCGAGCAGUACGAGCAGAGCAUCAACGAGAUGAUGGCCUCGCAAGCGCUGCGUCUGGAUGAGGCCCAGGAAGCCGAGUGCCAGGCCCUGAGGCAGCAGCUGCAGCAGGAGAUGGAGCUGCUCAACGCCUACCAGAGCAAGAUCAAGAUGCAAACGGAGACGCAGCACGAGAGGGAGCAGCAGAAGCUGGAGCAGAAGGUGGUGCUGCGGCGGUCUCACCUUGAACAAAAGAUUGAGGAGGAGCUGAUUUCUCUUAAGAUUGAGCGAUCCGACCGCAUCAAUCACCAGCUGGAGCGCCAGGAGCGGGAAAUCGACAACUUCGACAUGGAGAGCACCACAAUGGGCUUUCGUAACCUGCGCACCGUGGACCACUUUCCAAAUGACGACUACAGAUGAAGAGCUGCCAAACGUCACUGUCUGUCAACAACAAACACCGACGUCAUCUGGGAGAACGCCGUGAUCUACAGCAGAUUCCAGAGCCUACAAUCCCACCUCAUAUUGUCGUCCCCCUCCCACCCUUGUGACACUGACAUUGACUCCCAUGGUGUAUAUACAUCGGUCAACUUCUUGUGGUUGUCACGUGUUUGUACGAGUAAUGACACAAGUUGGUGUUCCAUGUUUCUUGUGCGACAUUUGAAAGACAAGAAAAGAGAAAACCCCGACAGAGGGACGAGCAAAAAUCAUUCCACAAACCUUCAAGGUUUAAAGAGGUGAUUUAAAUUUUUUUUUUUCCACGUUUUUUGAUCUUCAGUGGUACAAUGUCUCUUAAAGUGAUUUAAGUGAUUCUUUGGCACUGCUUCAUGGCACAUUUUGUGUUGCAGGACGUGACGUGUUGUGUUGCUUCAUGUGUUGCAGGACUUCAUGAUGUUUUCAAUUUGAAUAAAAGAUACUUUGACAGGCAACUACUCACAAAUAUCAAGAAUACAAUUGUAACAAAUGUGAUUACUUGAUGGACAGGCUGAUUUCUCUGCACUGGCAGCCAAUGUGAAUCAAUAGUAAUACAUGUGAAUUCCCAGCUAGCACAAAGGGCU